ACAGUUGCAGUCUUCUAACAUAGUGUUGUAAGGGUGCGCCGUCUUUGCCAUUUGACCACAUAUUGUUUGGUGGCAUUCAUUGUUUACUUUGUUAAAGUAUGCUCAUGCUAUUUCCUGCAUAACAACAGAGAAACAGCUGAUAAUAAACCGGCCAGUGACACUGGUAUCAGAAGGUUUUUCCAAAGAAAUGAAAAAGAAACUACUGCACACCUGACACUUUUUCGCUGUCACCGUCAGGUACACCAUUAGUCCUGCACGAUACUCUCACAAACCUACCUGUCAGGCCGGACCAGUUCAAAAAGAAAUGUGAAGUAGGUCAAAUAAGGUAUAUACUGCAAUAUUAUUCAGCACAUCCCUCAUGCACAUUAUGGAAUGGUAAGUACUGAAACCAGCGUAUCACAGAGACUUUGAUGUAAUUUAAAUACAGGGGUGCACAAAAGCAGAGGAGAAGAACAAUAGGAUUGUGACCGUGUAUCUGUGCAGCUUAGCCGUCUGUCAGCUGCACAGAAUGUCUGGAAUCUGGGAGUAACAAGGAGUGGAAGGGUGAAGAGGUGUGAGAUGACAUGCAGGGGAGGGGAACACAUGAAGAGCUACAGUUUCUGACAACUCAUGAGUAAUACUGGAGGCAGAGAGACGAGACAUGCUGCCCAGGAGGUGAGCUUCACAGUGUUUGGAUUUUUUUCCUUUUACUUAUUUUAUUAUUCUUCUUACUUUAUUAAGUCAACAUGAGCUGGAGGUCAAGGCUGCUGCAAAACAUAAAAUGUGCUCAGGAUUGAACUUGUGGACCCUGAACAGGCUUUUAUCUCAGUGAUAAAAAAAAAUCAAACUCAACAUCAAGACUGCAUCAAAUAUCACAUGUGUUCUGGACAGCUCCUGCCAGCAUGGAAAUAUUGGGAUUUUUUUGCCAGAGGGAUGAGUGAAAUGAUCAGUGAUUGAAGCGUGACAUGGACAAGCCCAGGAUAGUCUUGCUGUCCCACAACUGGAGUCAGUAGUGGGAGCUUUGACAGGUGGCACUUAUUCCCAGAGACACAACCGGCUGUGACCAUGUCUAACUCACAAGAGCAGAGCCUGGACGAGGAUGUAGUGUUCCUGCCCGUGAAUGAGUCCUCCCCAGAGUUCUUCUAUUGUGAGAAGGAGCGUCAGGCAGUGGAGAGACUCUUAAGUGCAGGACCAGAGGCUUUCUACAGCUCCACUGGCACAGAGCGCUCCGGCUGCUUCCUGUCUUCUGAGGAAGUCAGUCAGAUAACCAGCUGGGCUCAGGACUAUCGAUUCAACCAGCUGCAGGUGCACGGAGAGGUGCGUGGAGAGAUUGGCAGCUCACGGGUUGAGGACUUCUGUUCCACCUACUUCCCUUCCUACUCAGACACACCAGCACCGAACCUGGAGCUGGGCUGGCCUGAGCGAAGCCCCUGGGUGCCAAAGGGGAGUGUUACUGUCCACACCAGUCCUCCAGCAGAGGGAGAGCCUCCAGUCAGAGAGAUCAUCAGACGGCACUUGCAAAAAGCCAGCCAAGUAAUUGCCAUUGUGACAGACAGAUUGACAGAUGGUGCUAUAAUUGGUGAUUUGCAUAAUGCUGCCUCCCGGGGCGUCCCCAUUUACAUCAUCCUGAACCAAAGGUCCAUUCAAGACAAUUUCACGCUCAGCAGGCUCAGGCAUCCGAACAUGCAGGUCCGUGUUCUUGGAGGGAAAACCUUCUGUUCGAGGACGGGAAGAAUGGUGGUCGGGGAAAUGAAAGACAAGUUUCUUCUGGUAGAUUUACAGACAGUGAUUCAUGGCAGCUACAGUCUCACAUGGACAGACGCCCACCUGCACCGGCAGUUAAUCACUGUCCUAAGCGGCUCAGUGGUUGACUCAUUUGACAGGGAGUUCAGGACUCUUUUUGCUGCUUCGUUCCCUGUCCCAGACAUAUGGAGAACUGCAGGUCCUCGAGUAGAUGUCACUCAUCAACUGAAAGACCACUCAAAGCUUAGGUUUCAAAAGCAUCUCUCUUUGGAGCCUGAGAUUACCAACCCUCCGUCCCCACCUGAUUCCCUCUUGGACUGGGAAGCCAUGGGUGUUGUCCCCAGAGACAUCUGCUUCAGUCCUUUUGAUCAACAUAAGGAAAUCGUAGCCAAGGAAAUGACAUGGCAGAACAACAUGCUGUUUGAUAAAAACACCUCCAUUAUGGACAGUUUUACUUUCAAUGGAAACCAGUUUGUGGAUAAGAAAAGGCUAAGUGAGAACACAACUCCAGUGACAAACAAUGUACCAAAUAAAUCAUCAGCUUUCAAUAACAUGCAGCCAAAGGACUCAACAACUCCAGAAAGAAUGAAAAGUGUGGAACGCAUAAUUGAGAAAGCCCUUUCCAGGCAACUCUCCAUAGAGAAAACCAUCAAUUCAGGUAACAGAACAACAACUAGACCUGAUGAUAAAGCAAAAGAGCCAGCACACAACAUGGGCGAACUUUCCUCUACGCCGAGAAGAGAGCGCUCAAGGAGGGAGCUCGUUUUGGGAGACAAGCACAGCCUAAAUGAAACUAGCACCAAUGUGGAGAACACACCAUCUUCAAGAAAACCUUUAAUCCUGAGGGUGCCGCAGUCUGAGAGCUUCAGCUCUCUGAGCGACAUUAUGAAGCGCCUUCAGCCUCAGCAGUGCACUUCUAGGCUGCUCAAGAGAGGAUCAGAGGCCGCUGCGUCAGACAUGAGCAAAUCCAUGAUGGACCUGAGUGUACACAACACAGACACAAAUGAUGUCCCGGUGCCAAGGUUUAAGUCUGGUUACUUUGAACCGGGUCACAUGACACCUGGGUUUGCCCUGAUGAAGAAGAAGAACGAUGACUUUAAACCUCUACUGUACAGAACACCAAAAAACCUUAUGCCCAGAGAGAGGCCUCGCAGCUCCAGCUAUGCCCUCGGUGUGGACUGGAGAAGGUCACUGGCAGAGAUGGAAGGAGAUGAGGAAGCAGGAGCAAGGAAAUAAGAAAAUGAAUGAGCAAUAUGUUUGCUGAUUCUGUCAUGUUCUGUCACUGAGCUGCCAGACUUGGAUCGUUAUGACCUCUGCAGUGUUAAUUAGCCAAACUAGGCCCAAUACUGCCUCUGAAAAUAAAACCACUGUUGCAUUGGAUGUAAAUAUACCAGCUGUGGCUGCCCACUGCUGUUCAUCCACUUAGGAUGGAUUAGAUGCAGAGAACAAAUUUCCCUACCAAAAUCAAUAAUGGAUAACUUAACUGUCAAUCUGUUUGAUGUCCCACUGAAUCUGAUGACAAAGAUGUUUCAUUGUAUUGUGGUGGUUGAUGCAAUGCUUACUUAAGAAUAUUUUUAAAUAAAUAAAACUGUCCUGCUGAUGUUGAUCACCAUGAAUAAUGUAGACUAUUUUAACCACUGGACUGGCUGUCACACAGUCACAUAUGAAUUCAAGUAGGUACUUAACAAGACGACAAAGUCAUUGAAGGACCUUUUGAUUGAAGUGAUAAUAGCUACGAUUUUAUUAGCUCUUCAUCAAGUAGCAAUAGAUGUACAGUGGUGUUGGAUCCUGCUACAUGAGAGAAUAAAAGGAAAAUGAUGAUGAACUCGCAAAAAUGUGAUUGAUGUCAUUGAUAAAUAAUGGAGGAACAAGACAGAAGCAUGUGACUGGUACAGAAUACACAGAGGUUAUGUCCUCAGUAUUUUCUCAGGAAUUUGGGGAAGCUGACGUGCAGUUUACAUUUUAUGAUUUAAUUUACAAAUUUUUUAAAUACCCAGCCUUUAUAAUCACACUAUAGGCACACUAUGGGAAAAAUGAUUUUCAAACCAGUGGUUUCAUAAAAGGAGUCUGGGAAUGCCCCAGGGGUCCUUGAAGGGGUUCAGGUUGUUACUAGUGAAAAAGAAUAAUAAUAAUAAUAUAAUAUAAUAAUAUUAUAAUAAUUUAACAGGAUAUAUGACUGUUUUGGUCAUUGGUUUCAUACAGUUUCUGCAAUAAAACAUCUUAAAGCAAAAAUUGUUAUCCAAUCCAAGAGGUGUACCUUUAAACUUAUCC